AUGAAGGCAUGCCCCCUUCAUAAAGUCCAGUCAAAGCCAACUGCAUUUUCUUCAGCCUCCACUUUGACAAACAGGAGUGAAGACAGCACAACGGCAGCGCCCAUUAGGACGACAAAAGAAAUUCAGAGGUUGCGUUUGAUGGAUGGCGGAAGCAACUGUUCUGGCAGGGUGGAGGUUGAAAACAAGGGUGUCUGGGGCACUGUAUGUGAUGACAACUGGGACCUGGCUGAUGCUGAAGUUGUGUGCCAGCAACUGGGUUGCGGAUGGGCCAUUCGUGCUCUGGAUUCUUCUCAUUUUCAAAAGGGGACAGGCCCCAUUCACUUGGAUGAAGUGAAAUGUUUGGGGAAUGAGUCUUAUUUAUGGGACUGUCCAUCUGAGAUGAAACAUGACUGUGGACACAAAGAAGAUGCUGGUGUGGUGUGUUCAGAGCACCAGUGGCAGCUGUCAGGUGGACUAGAUCCUUGCGCUGGCCGAGUGGAGGUCUAUCACCAGGGGGUCUGGAACACCGUAUGUGAUAGUAGCUGGUACCAGAAAGAGGCUGAUUUGCUCUGCCAGUUCUUGGAGUGCAGUGACAAGGCCUCAGUCUUCAAAGAGCCUUAUGACCACACACUGCCGGGCAAGCUGUAUAUUGACUGUUCUGAGGAUGACGACUCAUUCAGCAAGUGCUUCUGGCGCUACAACAACACCAAUCUGUGUGACCAAUCCAGAGCUGUUGGAGUGAUAUGUCAUGACUCUGAUUUGGGCUUCUCUUCAGACACACCAAGGACUGAAGCAGUGACUCCAAGUUCCCUGCUGCCAACUAUAUGCUUGCCUGGAACUGAGAACUGUGCGUCCACGAGAACGUCACACCAGAUAUUGCUAACCUUCUGCAUCAUUCUGGGUCUUCUCCUUUUAUUGACCGUGCUGAUUUUAAUCACGGUUUUGCUGAAGAGACGAAGGGAAAGUGGCACCUUUGACUGUGCCAUUUCUUCUGCCUCAGGAGCUACUCCAGUCCUGGUGAAUCACAGUGCGCAGGUCUCAGUUACUGGAGUGAAUAAUGACUAUCGAGAUGCCCCCACAAUCCUCCCCAAAGGAGAAGCAACAGCAGUGAUGCCUCCGCCUACUGCUGAAGAUUCUGACUCCGACUACGAACACUAUGAUUUCAGCCGCCAGCCGCCUGUGGCGCUCUCCACCUUCUACAAUUCUCUUCGAUACCGAGCAGGUGGUGAAGACCUUCCUCCAUGCAACUUCCCCAUGCCAGCUGUGAACGAAGAGACUGAGAAUGCACACCCAACUUCAGUGUGCUAUCCACAAGAGGCAGUACCUGCAGCUGAGGACAGCACCAGCACCUCCUCUGGAGAUGAAGACUGGUAUGAGAAUAUCCAGCAACAGAGAAACCAUCCCAGAAGCCCACCUGCCAUCACAGGCUUGACGACCUUUUCCAGGCCAGUGAUGAACUCUGAAGCAGGGAAUGACUCAUCUGAUAACAGUGAUUAUGAUGAUAUGUGGACCCCUGCAUGA